AUGAAUCACGAGGAAAUUAAAUCGGUUGUCCAAGAAAAAUUUUUAUCGAGCGAGAGAGUUACAGCAUUUCUCACCGACGCCAAAGUGCUCCACCCAGAAUGGGUGAAGAGAGAUCGACUCCUAGCUAUAGUGGAGUAUGGGGACGAGAAAGCCGUUUUCUGCUUGUUCUCCUCUUGUUACCCACCGAAGUCCUUUACAGAUCUGUCUAUUGAAAUCGUUCUACCCAUUGACAACAGUUUCAAGUGUGAAAUUGAUAAUAAACCUUCUGACCCUGAAGCAAUCUUGUACCUGAACCUGCAAUCUCAAAACAAUAAAUUUAAGUUUGAAAUACAGAUGACUCCUCGAGUCGACAGUUUUGUGGAUGAAUUAUUCAGAGGUAUUGAAGCUGUGAACAAGGUUCCGACACAACCUGAGUUUGUUUGGCUAAAAAAGUAUAAUGUUAAAGAUGAAAAUGAUAUUAUAGCCGAAAGUAUAGUUCUGCCAAGAAGCGGGAUUUUCAAUGUGCCCAACUCCGCUCCUGUAGCCAUCAGGGAAAGCCUCAUCAAGAGGAAGAUGUGUGACAAGGAAGCUGAAUAUACAUUUACGAAGAAAUUCACUGUUUUCUGUGGUACAUGGAAUGUUAAUGAUAAGUCUCCAAACAUUCCACUUAAAGGAUGGUUGAGUGUUGAUAAAGAACCGCCAGAUAUAUAUGCCAUUGGUUUCCAAGAACUGGAUUUGUCAAAAGAGACUUUCUUAUUUGACCAAACAUUCCGUGAAGAUGAAUGGUAUUGUGCUGUUUUAAAUUAUAUUGACAAGAGGGGAAAAUAUGUCAAAGUGGAGAAAGUGAGACUGGUUGGUAUGAUGCUUAUAGUUCUUAUAAAAGAAAAGCACUACCCCUAUGUCCGUAACAUUGUGUGUGACACUGUCGGUACUGGUAUAAUGGGUAAAAUGGGAAAUAAAGGUGGAGUGUCCAUACGCUUUGAUCUACAUAAUACAUCGGUGUGCUUUGUAAACUCACAUUUAGCUGCUCAUGUGGAAGAAUAUGAACGGAGAAACCAAGAUUUUAGGGAUAUAUGUAACAGAACAAGGUUUCCUCAAAUUAACCAACAACCUAAAGCAAUAAAGGAUCAUGAUCACAUUUAUUGGCUGGGAGAUCUAAACUAUCGUAUUACUGAAUUAGACCCAGUUGCUGUAAAAAAAUUGGUAAAUGAAAACAACUUUGGACCAGUCCUAGAGUGGGACCAAUUGAGGCAGCAACACAAGAGCAAUAAUGUGUUUGCUGGCUAUCACGAAGGUAUCAUAUCUUUUAAACCUACCUACAAAUAUGAUCCAGGAACUGACAAUUGGGAUUCCAGUGAAAAACAUAGAGCUCCAGCUUGGUGCGACAGAAUAUUUUGGAAAGGCGAACACAUCACACAAUUAGAUUAUAGAAGCCAUCCAGCAUUAAAUAUAAGUGACCACAAACCUGUUUCUGCUAUAUUCAGCUCUGAAAUCAAAAUAAUCAAUGAAGAAAAAUAUAGGAAGGUAUAUGAGGAGGUAAUAAAACAAUUAGAUAAAUUAGAAAAUGAAUUAAUCCCACAAGUAAAAGUCGAUAUAACAGAAGUUGAUUUUGGCACAGUGCGUUAUUUAGAAUUACAAGUCAGAAGCAUCACAAUAAAAAAUACAGGAAAAUUGCCUGUAGAGUUUGAAUUUAUAAAGAAGUUAGAUGAAACAAACUUCUGCAAAGAAUGGCUUAUUGUUGAGCCAUAUAAGAAGUGCAUUUGUGCAGACGAAACUUGUGAAAUACAACUAAAAGUUUUGAUAAAUAAGACUUCAGCUUGUAAAAUGAAUGCAGGCACUGACAAAUUAUAUGACAUUUUAGUUUUACAUUUGUACGGAGGCAAAGAUAUUUUCAUCACAGUUAAUGGAACAUACCAGAGAAGUUGUUUCGGCUGUUCAAUUGAGGUUCUAGUUAAUUUAAACAUACCUAUACGAGAAGUACCAGUUGGUAAACUUGUUGAACUAGAAAAUAAAAGAGAUCAGUAUGUGUCAAACCAGUCUACAUAUUCAAUACCAAAGGAAAUUUGGUUCUUAGUGGACCAUAUAUAUUUACAUGGGCUGAAAGAACCUAAUCUGUUUGAGCAGCCAGGUUUACACUCAGAGGUGCUUCAGAUAAGGGACUGGCUAGAUACUGGUUCCAUUGACCCUAUACCAGGAAGUAUACAUUCUGUUGCAGAAGCCCUAUUGCUACUACUUGAAAGUACAGUGGAUCCCAUUAUUCCCUACAAUCUGCAAUCAGUAUGUCUCAGAGCCUCUGCUAAUUAUUUACAAUGCAAACAAAUUAUAAUGGAGUUGCCAGAAUUCAGAAAAAAUGUUUUCCUAUACCUGUGUGAAUUUCUACAGGAAGCAUUGCAACACAGUGCUGAAAACGGCCUGGAUUCUAAAACUUUAUCUACACUCUUUGGAGCCAUAUUCCUAAGGGAUAAUCCAAAUUUAAUCCAAGAACCACAGUCUCGCAUCAAUAAACAGGUGAUUGAUAAGAAAAAGGCACAGUUUGUUUAUCAUUUUCUUGUCAAUGAUCAUAGUGAUUUGAUUUUUGCAAAAUAA